GUCGUCUCUCUCCAUCUUGACCAUCUCACCGUCGUCUUUCUCCAUCGUCACCAUCUCUCUCCAUCUUCACCAUCUUCCGCCGAUUCGAUUUCUUCACCGUCUUCCGCCGUCUAUCCAUCUUCACUGUCUUCCGCCUUCUAUCCAUCUGCUUCUUACUCGUUUUGGUGGUCUCCUCUUCACUAUCUCAAGCUCAAUCCGGUUGAAUUUCUCUUCUCCAUUGCUCCUUGUCGAUCGAAUUGGGAAUGGAAAAGAAGUACCCUAAACGGCUUAUGGAAGAUGGAAGCGAGCCACAAGUUGGGCAGAUAAAUAACACUUGUCGAAUGUCAAUCUUACACAAAAUCAAGAAGGCAUUACCAGAAGAGUAUGAGAUUGUGAAGGGUGAUCCAGUUUUCGCAUCUGUAUUUGCAUUGUAUGAGAAUGGUCUUGGGUACUCAGCUCGGUUGAUACACAGCAUCAUGUGUAGGCAGUUGGUGACUAAGAGAAGACAUGAGCUGUGGUUUGUGUUUGGUAAGAAGCCGCUUAGAUUCUCAAUGCAAGAAUUCCAUGCAGUUACUGGUCUUAAGUACAAAGCCGAUUUCAGUCAUGAUUCAGAGAGUUGGACAGAUGAUAAUGGGUUUUGGAGCAAAUUGUUGAAGAGAGGUGGUAUCAUUACCAUUCAAAACUUGAUGAAGACCCACCUUGAAGCAGCUCCAUCGUGGAGAAAAAAAGAAGAUAGAAUUCGGUUUGUGUAUGUUUGUGUGAUUGCUGGGUUGGUAGUGGCUAAGGAUGAGAAGAAAGCUAUACCACAUUCAUACAUCAAGCUGGUCAUGGAUCUAGAGAAGGUUAGGACUUAUCCUUGGGGUCUUGUAGCUUUUGACCAUUUAGUUAGCUCUAUAGUGGAAGCAAGAAAGAAACUGAAGAACCCCAUUAGUUACAUCCUCAAUGGUUUCUCAUAUGCUCUUCAAGUUUGGGUUAUGGAAGCCAUUCCUCUCAUUGGACAACUUAUGGGAGAGAAGAUUGACACAGAGAUUACAGUUAGCCGAAUCUCUAAUUGGAAAGGUGCUGCUAAAGUAUCAUAUGAUGAGCUCCUCCUUGUAGAGAAAUCAAUUGGAAACAAGGAUGUUGUUUAUCCAUGCAUUUCCUCCACUGGAAACUUUGAUGUAUUGGAGUCCAUUGAAUAUUUGAGGGGUGAUGAAAUUAAAGAUUGUGAAGUGGACAACUUGGAAGCUUUGAUCAGAUCUGGCUAUGAUUUUGGAGAUCAUAUUUGGGAGAGUGGCGAAGGAUAUGGUGUGGAAGAUGAUAACAUUGAGGAUGUUGGUGUGGAACAAUCUCAGGCUGUUGGAGGGAACAAUGAAGUUUCGGUUGGAGAGGAGAGUGGUGAGAAGCAAGCUAAUAUCCCAGAAGUGUCUAGCUUGAAGAAGAGGAAGAAGAAGCAAGUUGACCAUGGAGCAGAGACACGGAAAAGAAUGGUGCUAUCUCAGAGAGCAUCAACUUCACAUUGUUCAUGUGGAGAUGAUAUGAAGCGGUUCUUUAAGGAGUUAAUUGACUCUUCUUUCAAGAGCUUCACAGAGACCUUUGGGGAACGAUUGCUAACAAUGGAGAAAGAUGUAUCAGAUAUCAAGGCCUUGAUAUCCAGACCAGCAGAAGUGGAUCCUAAGCCAGCAGAAGUGGAUCCUAAGCCAGCAGUAGUGGAUCCUAGUCCAUCACGAGUGAAGCCCAAAACUUCGGUACGUAAGAAGUAGCUCAAUGCCUUGUUCGAUUGUAAUAUGUUGUGUGGUCUUUCCUUUUUGUUGUAUCCUUGUUUGUAUGUGUAUGUUGUAAACAUAAAUUA